AAAGUGGGCGUGACCUAUGGUUUCCAAAUUAAUGGCCGAAAUAGAAGAGGAGGAAGUUGGCGAUAGUUGGGAAGAUAUUGAAGAAGAAGACCUCAUUAGGAGACUAACGACAAGACAGCAGGAGGUACUCUCAAAGCAAGAACAGACCUUACCAUCCCCUGAAGCUCCCGUCAGCAAUGAAAGAGUUUUCGUCGACGGUCCGAUGAAAAUUAAAUAUUCUGAAGGAUCAGAAUACGUCGCUCCGAUAAAGAUCCUUAAAAGACCGUCAGAGAAUGAGAAUCAUUCAUCAGCUGCUCCAGUAGAGCAAAGAUCUCAGAGGUCAUUAGCUGAGAGAGAGGCAGAAUAUGCUAGUGCUCGUGCUAGAAUACUUGGUGAAGGUAACAAUAGCUCUUCAAGCAAAAAUCCAGCGGAGAAGAAAGUGAUUCAGAGACAUACCACGAAAUAGCAAAUUAUUUGAAAUUAGUAGAUCUUUUUUUUUCAUUUUUAUCAUCAAUUAUUUUUGUUUUUAUAUUUUGGUCUGUAAGAACUAUGUUAAAACCA